ACGAAAUUUUACUGUGCACAGUGCGAGGAGUAUGUCAUCGCGGAAAUCCUGUGUGAACUGACAUAAAAUGGAAAUGUGCCCGAGUUAAUAAUAUAACGAUCGUACUUGAAACCGUGCUUGAAAUAUUCAUACGUUCGCCGAGUUGUUCGUAACGUCGUGAACUGACAUAACACAGAUAUGUUGGGAAAAUUGUGCCUGAAGAAGUCGUCACGUUCAACAGAGUUUUCUGAGAUUGUUGCAAAAUUACCAUUACGACAAUGUGGCUUGUAUUUCUCGUAAAUUGUAAAUAAUCGAUGUGCCUCGAACGGUGCAGCAUGCCCGGAGGUAGACGAAAUGCCGCCAGUCGUACUGGGACGAUUGGUAAAACCGGCAGUACUUAUUCCAGUUCUACUAAUGCCAGCGGAAGAAGCAACAGCGGGGAGAGAACGGUCGGGAAUAGCACGGACGAUAAAAAGAUUGAUGAGAUUUAUAAUGGAAGAUCUCUGGCGCCGAAGCAUGUUCCUAUACCGGUGGUACCAGUCGAUGGACAAUUGACCUUCGAGAUUAUGUCCUUAGCCAUUUCGAUCAUGACGACUUGUAUGCAACUGUUGAAUAUAUACAAGACCGUAUGGUGGUUACCACACUCUUAUAAUUCUUAUGCUAUGAAUUUUUACUUGAUAGACCCUUACGUGCUUGUAUUUAUUUUCACAAUUGUGGCACGUAGAGUAGUUUAUAUAUUAUUAAGUCGAUCUAUCGAUACAUUAUCACCAGUUCGAUGGUUACCUACCAUCCAAAAGAUCAUGAGAAUGUCUCUCUCGAUUACUGUGAUGAUCAUCAUUUCCUGGUGCCUGUAUCAUUUGGCUGAGAAACAUGACCUUUUGAAAAUGUUCUAUCUAUGUUAUCCAAGUUUGUCGAUAUAUUUUAGUAUGUUUGGAGUAAGUUUAACACCAUUUUUCGAUAUCUCCACAUCAUCCUCAUGUGGAAAGGAGGAACGGAAAACGAAGUACCUAUUAGACAAACCUCUGCACAACUGUUCGCUGAAUGCGUCGGCCAUCCGAGCGGAAGUGUCCACACUGAAAUUCGAUUUUAAUCGACGAAUAAAGCAGGCCUUAUUCGCGUCUUCUGGUACAGCGUUUAUCUGUGGUGCUGCUCCCAUGAUUUUCGCACCGCCGCAUUUAUACUUCAGCCGGCCAUGGGUGAUACAGCAGGCGAUCUUCUUCUGGCUUGGAAGAAUGAUCGCCUAUUUCGUUCACACUUGUCCCGUCAGAUACUACGACGUGUUACAUAGAGCAUCGUUGCAUUUAGGUCGAUGGGUCAAGAUACCCAAUGAAAAUCGCAAUAAUCACAUGUACAACAUCCAACCGUGGAACGACGCGGUGUUGUGGCCGCACGGCUCAAUCGUACGGCACAACCGAGAGAUUUACCGUUCCGAGGGUUUGUGCACAGCGGCGGAACCGGGCAACACGGAUCAUUCCAGAUUUCAUACCUUUUUCUACAACCCGACCGUGCUGCUGUGCUCGGUACUAGGAGCACAUUUAUUAUUGGUCGGCUUUCAGUUGCUCAUCCUAUUACGCACAACCGAAUGGUGUCAACUGCUGUCGAUAGCGUUGUUGCUCUUUAUGAAUUACUACACUUUGUUCAAAAUCGCCAGGGACUACUUGAUUUGCUGGAAAGUGUACCGCGCCGAACAAAUAAUCCAAGAGAGAUCUCAGAUGGUUGUAAACCCAGUUGCUCAAUAAAAUGCAAGUGAUAUUUCUGCAA